AUAUGCUGCAUAUUCGUUACAUUAGAAUGUACUGGGUGCAUAGUUUGUGACAAAAAUGAAAUUCAGUAUUAAUUAAAUACAUAUCCAGGCGUUAAAUAACAAAGUCUAAACUGGUGAGCUUACGUCAUCAGGCCUUGUGCUAUAAAACCCCAUAGAGGUCUAAUCAAUACCAAGAAAGAUAUAGGCUACACACGUGACUCAAAAUUCUAAAAAUAGCAUUCGCUGUUUGAGGCUAUUUUUAGUAAGUAGGAAAUCUCUUAUAAAACUUGGCAGCAUGGGUCUUUGCCGGACAUAGGCAAUUAAGUCAGACUUUAUCGUCACAAACUGUGAAGAAGGGAUCUAGAAACAGAAAACACGUUGUUUGUUAGUUCAAUAUUUUUAUUAUUUUUUUCAUUAAACUGUUUGACAGGAGAUUCAAAUGGGGUUGUUUGCAUGUCUAGGCGGUAAUUCAUGUGACGCAGAUUCUACGGCGUACCCUAUGAGAAAGAAGUUGGUGAUUGUUGGGGAUGGGGCCUGCGGUAAAUCCUGCCUGCUCAACGUGUUUACACAGGACGACUUUACCCUCAGCUAUAUUCCCACCGUCUUUGAGAACUACGUAACAGACAUAGAAGUGGAUGGAAAACAGAUCGAGUUGGCACUUUGGGAUACUGCCGGGCAGGAAGAUUACGACCGCUUACGGCCCUUAUCUUAUCCCGAUACUGACGUCAUCCUGAUGUGUUACUCCAUCGACAGUCCCGACAGCCUGGCCAACAUCGCCGAAAAAUGGGCCCCGGAGAUCAACCAUUUUUGUCCCAAUGUUCCUGUAGUUCUAGUGGCAAAUAAAAAGGACUUGAAAAAAGAUGAAGAGAUCAUUACUGAACUGGCAAAACUGAACGAAAAACCGGUGGAUUACAUGGCUGGGGAAGACACUGCGGCAAAAAUUGGUGCUUUUUCUUUUCUUGAGUGUUCGGCGAAAACGCGAGAGGGCGUUAGGGACGUAUUUGAGACUGCCACGAGAGCGACGUUAUUGAAAAGGAAACGCCGUAAGAUCCAUCGCAGAUGUUAAUUUUUUUUCACUCUGUUCUAAAGAAAUUUGUCAUGAGUGAUGCUGGGCAAAGAGAAGCAAAGUAAAGACAAUCAUGGUAUUAAAAAAUAAAUAUAUUUCAAGUAAUGCUGCAAUACCUUCUGCUAUACAUGUACAAUUAGGCUAUAUGUGGCAUCAGUUUUUUUUUUUUGUUUUUU